CAACGAAAUUCAGAAAAGAAAAAUACACGCCCACAACACGAGGAAGGAAGUAGAAGAAGAAAGAAGAGAGAGAAAAGGGAAGGACGGGAACCGCAGAGAGAGUAGAAAACAUUCAAAUAAAACAACAGAGAGAGAGAGAGAAUAGAACACAAAACAACACAACAGAUACACAUUCACACAAUAACACAUCAACACAACAGCAAAUAAAGCGUUCAUUUUCAAAUAGAAGAAAAGAAACCGAAGAAAUAUACAAAGCUUUCUCUUUCUCUUUCUCUCUUCCUGCCAUUGAAACCCUAACGUCAAGCCCUCCAUCAAUCAAUUAUCAAUUUCCUUAUGCUGCCAUUGAGUCUCAAUUUACUGAAUUCAUCCAACUCAAAUGGACAGUAAACCGCCGCCUGAUCGGAAUCUUCCGUAUCUUCAAUUCUUUUGUUGCAAUUUAGAGUUCGAAAUUAAUCUGUCUUUUUUUUAAUCGUUACUUUGUUUGAAUCGGAAGGGCUGUGCGAAUAGAACUGCGCCCAUGGCGCCGGCUAAAGGAUGUGUGUUGGUGUUGGACAAGGUGAGGAGAUGUGUACGGACGGUGAUUUUCAUGGUGGCGAUGGUAGCGUCGCUGCUUGUGUCGUCUAUGCCAGUGCUGGUGGCGAUUGGAGAUGCUUUGGUGCCGUGCGUGUUGGUUUCGAGUUUUACGUGUUUGAGUUGCUAUGGAUUUAAGAUGCAUUUGCAUAGAUACGCCUUCAGAAGCUCCUUGACGGAUAUUCCUCUUGUUUCCGUUGUCAGAUCUCUUAUCAUCAUCUGUGCUUAUUGGAUGUGCGAUGCCCCUGCUCUCUCACAUGGUCCCUAUCUUGGAACUGUGACACUCUGUUCUAUUGUUUCGGUUCUUCUUCUUUCAGUUAAGGCUUGUGUUUUCACUGUGAAUUCUCAAAUUGAGGCUGAAGCUUCAACUUCCCUUUCAAGGCAAAGGCUUCAUUUGAAAAAAUCAUGGGGAAUGCCUGUCUUGUUUCUUUCAUCAGUAGUCUUUGCUCUUGGUCAUGCUGUAGUUGCUUAUAGAACAAGUUGUAGAGCACGGAGAAAGCUUUUGUUUCACCGAGUUGAUCCAGAGGCUGUGCUAUCUUGCAAAAAUGUUUUCUCUGGUUACCAGAAGGUGCCACGUUCUCCCACUCCCAAUUCAGGAAGAACCCCAAAAAGUGACAGUGAAAUGAGGCGAAAGCUCUUUGGAACUGUUCAUGAUGAAGAGGAACUCCCAAUCAGAUUGCUUGCUGACAUAGAUAGCUUAUUCAUUGCAUGCCAAGGGCUUACUGUCCACUACAAGCUCUGCUUGCCUGGUUCACCCCCUCGUUCUUUAUCUUCCACUGUUUUUCUUGAACCCUCUCCUAGCUGUAGCUCACCAAAGAUUACAGCAGGAAGGCUUAAACUCGAGAGGUCGCCAUUCAAUGCGUUAUUGAAAACCCAGCAUAAUCUCCACAGGAGUUACAGUAAUCAAUUUCACGGCUCUUCCCUAUAUGCUCCCCUAUUGGAUGUUUCUCCAACUUCUCCUGCUCUUUCUGAAGAGAUUCCUGUUUUGAACCUAGAUGAUGCUAUUGUGGAGAAUGAAAUGAGUAAUGUGAACUCUGGAUCUCCUGAGCAAGAUUUGGAGGAAAAUAGCCGGUUUGGUAUUGUUCUAAUUCAUGGCUUUGGGGGAGGAGUUUUCUCAUGGAGGCAUGUGAUGGGGGUUCUUGCUCGGCAGGUUGGUUGCACAGUUGCUGCUUUUGAUCGGCCUGGUUGGGGAUUAACUUCUCGGCCUCGCCGGAAGGAUUGGGAAGAUAAAGAAUUGCCAAAUCCUUACAAGCUUGAAACUCAGGUUGAUCUGCUUCUUGCUUUCUGUUCUGAGAUGGGAUUUUCUUCAGUGGUGCUUGUUGGUCAUGAUGAUGGAGGCUUGCUUGCUCUGAUGGCUGCGCGUAGGCUUCAAACAUCCGUGAAUUCUUUCAAUGUUACAAUAAAGGCAUUGGUAUUGCUAAAUGUCAGUUUGUCAAGAGAAGUGGUUCCUGCCUUUGCUAGGAUACUCUUGCGCACUUCACUUGGGAAGAAGCACCUGGUUCGCCCCCUACUUCGAACAGAAAUUGUUCAAGUGGUGAACAGGCGUGCAUGGUAUGAUUCUACCAAGCUAACAGCAGAGACUUUAAGCCUCUAUAAGGCUCCGCUAUAUGUGGAAGGUUGGGAUGAAGCACUCCAUGAAAUAGGUAAACUUUCAUGUGAGACUGUCCUUUCACCACAAUUACAUGCAUUGUUGCUGAAGGCAGUGGAAGAGAUGCCAGUGUUAGUAAUUGCAGGUGCCGAAGAUGCCCUUGUCCCUCUUAAGUCCUCUCAAGCCAUGGCUUUGAAACUUGUAAAUUCUAGACUGGUUGCCAUAUCUGGAUGUGGCCAUCUUCCACAUGAGGAGUGCCCCAAGGCAUUACUUGCCGCUAUCUCACCCUUCAUAAGCAGACUAUUGUUAAGAACAGAUUUGGAAAGCCAAUAGGACGCCUUUCUUUUUAACUUAUCAAUAGGCUUUUUAUGUGUUGUAGGGGUUUUUCUUGCUCCACUCUUUUUUACUCUCCCUUUCUUCCCCUUAUCCUUUCUGUUUUUUCAAGCCAUUUACCCUGAAGGGAGACAAAUGCCGUCUCUGCUUUGGGGUAUUUUUGGUGUUCUGUUUUCAAAAGCCUUUGUCCAAACCCUGAUUCCCCAGGGUCUUUUAUGUAGCUUCUAACUUGUAUUUUUAAUAUGCUCUCCAUUAAAUUUUCCUCACGAAAAUCCGAGUAAUUGAAAGCUUAUUUGGAAAGUUCUAGCUGUUUCCCACUUAAGAAGUGGGAAGCAUAUUUUGUACAUUCGUCUGAAUGGAAUGCAUGCAUUCGAGAAUGGUGUUUCGGAAA